CCUGCAGAGAGAGGGGAAGCAUUUGGAGAAUGUCCCAUUUGGAAAAGAGUUUCUAAUCAGGAGGAAAUUUCAUUCAAAGAAAUCUGCAUGUCAGGCUACUUCCCCUAUGGCAGGAAAAAAAAGGUCAAGACAAAAAACUCACAGGAAGUGAAAUUCUUACGUAGCCAAAGAUUAAAUUUCUGACUCUCCCGCCCAGCCUUGCAAAACAACACCAAGACAGGGCACGGAGAGGAGCCAGCAGGAUGGGAAUGGGGAGCUCCUGGUGACCUGGGCACUUUCUCCUUCAUGUCCCUGACCUGCCAGGAGCCGCUUUAGGACAUGGAUCCCAAAGGAGCAAGAGGUACCAGGAAGCGCCGCUGAUCUGCACAGAGCCCUUUGCCUGCUGCUGCCCCACAGGGAACAGGGAGCUGCUGAGGAGCCGCAUGGUCCAUCCCUGGAUUCUCCAAGCACUGACUGCCCAUCCACUCUGACCACAGCCAGGGGCCACAUCCCACUGCCUGCCCAGCGUCCAUCCAUGGAGGAGCCGCUUUAGGACAUGGAUCCCAAAGGAGCAAGAGGUACCAGGAAGCGCCGCUGAUCUGCACAGAGCCCUUUGCCUGCUGCUGCCCCACAGGGAACAGGAGCCGCUUUAGGACAUGGAUCCCAAAGGAGCAAGAGGUACCAGGAAGCGCCGCUGAUCUGCGCAGAGCCCUUUGCCUGCUGCUGCCCCACAGGGAACAGGAGCCGCUUUAGGACAUGGAUCCCAAAGGAGCAAGAGGUACCAGGAAGCGCCGCUGAUCUGCACAGAGCCCUUUGCCUGCUGCUGCCCCACAGGGAACAGGGAGCUGCUGAGGAGCCGCACGGUCCAUCCCUGGAUUCUCCAAGCACUGACUGCCCAUCCACUCUGACCACAGCCAGGGGCCACAUCCCACUGCCUGCCCAGCGUCCAUCCAUGGAGGUGACCACCGUGUCCCCAUCUCCUGCCUCACCCACUGAAGGAGAUCAUCUCUGUGAAACUGAUGCCACCGAUGUGUCCAUACACAGUGUGACCCUGCUCAUCUGCCUCUGUGGGCUGGCUGGGAACGGGGCUGUCAUCUGGGUCCUCGGGUUCCGCAUCCACAGGGACACCAUGAAACCCAUCACUGCCUACAUCCUUGACCUGGCCAUCAUCAACUUCAUCUUCCUCAUCUUCAUGGUCCCCUUCACUCUGCUCUUCCUGCUGGAGGAUUUCUCCUGCUCCUACAUCAUGCCCCCAGCAUCCAUAAACUUCCUUUUCCUCCUCUUCCGGAUGUUCUACAGCGUGGGGCUGUACCGGCUGACGGCCAUCAGCAUCGAGAGGGGCAGGUCCAUGCUCUGCCCACCUGGGCUCUUCUGCCACCUUCCCCGGGACCUCUCAUGGGUGGUGGUCAGCGCCGUGCUCUGGGCCCUUUCCAUCACUGUCAUCGCUGCCAUUUCUGCGGUGAAUUCCCUGUGCCAGUCACAGGAACACAAGCUCUGCCAGGGGGCUCUCAUCUCCCUGUACAUCCUCAACUUCCUCGUCUUUGCUCCAUCCAUCGUCAUUUCCAGCACAAUCCUCUUCAUUCACUUCAAGGCUAGCUCCCAGCAGCAGCAAUCCAAGAGGCUUGACAUCAUUGUCUUCCUCGCUGUGCUCCUCACUCUCCCCCUCAGUCUCUGGAAUUUCCUGCAGCAGCUCGGCUACACCACUGUGUCCCCCCGGGUGGUUCUCCUGUUUGCCGGCAUGCACAGCAGCAUCAACCCCUUCAUCUACAUCUCAGUAACAAAGUGCUGGAGGAACUGCUCCAUGGGGUCCCUAAGGGAGUGCCUCCAGAGGGUGUUUGAGGAGCCAGAAGGGAGCACUGUCCCCAGUAAUGAUGCCACCAGGGACACGGUGAUCUAAGCCUGUUGAACCCUUCAAGUGCCCCCAUGCAGGACCAUGGGGCAGGGACUUAGGAUCACCCUCCCACCCUUAUUCCUGCAGGGAAAGGGAGCAGAGGCUGUGACAGGGGCCAUGUGGGAGGCAUGCUCUGCACAGAGCACAUUGGAGCAUGGAUUUGCUUCUCCCUCACAGGUCCUAGAGCACUUUACCCCCAAAAGAAUCCUUCCCAACACGGCUGUGACCCCAAAAUUCCCCCUGGCAUCUGCUUCCUGCAUCCCACUGACCUCUGAUACCAAUAAACAGCACCGUGAACCCUGAGCUGCCUUUGCCUCCUCUGACAGCACUUCCUGGCUUCCUCUGGCUGCUGCUGCCAGCCUGGAAUGUGGAUGGAGGGAGGGAACAGAGAGGUAGUUAGCCAGGAAUUUUGUGAUUGUUUAGAAAUUUCUGUAAUGAACUAUGUUUAAUGAGUUAAGGCAUAUUUGACUGUGGACUUUAGCAGGUUUUGAUUUAGAUCUGUGUUGGUGGAGUGUCAGUAGAAAACUUUACCAGCGCAUACCCCAUAGAGAACUUACUCAAUAGAUGGAGAACAAAAAUCAAUAAAGUACUUUUAAUGGUUAUCAUACAACUAGAACUAAUUGGAUGUCAUAGAAGAAGAAUGAUAUCUUGAGAGGUUUAGUAUUUCAGAGGCCUAUAGAUACCAAAAGAUGUAAUUAAAAAAUUGCAAGACAUAAAUUGCAAUGGCAAUAAGGGAGCCAUUUCCUAGGCCUGUACAUCAAAUUUAAUAAAAUAUUUUUUACUGGAAAAAAACCCCAGGUUAUCCAUUUAACUAAGAUUGAUGGCAUAUUUUGGUAGUAUAUAAAAGAAACAAAAAAACUAUACUAUGAUGUAAAUAUUGGGACCAUAUUUGGGAGUAUCUGUAAAAACUCUGGGAUAUUAUAAUGCAUAAAAAUGCCUGAAAAGUGUUGUUUCUUUGAACCUGUCUAUGGCAAAUAUAUUUCCAAUAUGUUUACUAUUUUGACUCAAAAUUGUUACUAGUCUAACACGCUUUUGCUGUCAGACUUAAAAUGUCUUGGUUUCAGAGGGGACACAGCCAUGGCUUGUGCUGCCUGGAGCAACCAUGAUCCCCAGAGCUGGGCUGGCAUGGACACGAUGGCCCAGGGGCUCAGCAUUCCCCACCCCAAGUGCUCUGUCAGUGUCACAGCAGAGAUCUCCCCAGAGAUCUUUACUUUUCAAUUUUGUCAGCCAGGAGCAAAGGUGUCUCUGCCUUCAGAAAUUCUUCCUCUCCACUGCCUUCAGCUGCUCCCUCAGCAGGCUCAGGUGGUGCAGCAGCAAGGAGAGGAGGAGGCCGUGCUCCUCAGCACAGCCACCCCCUUCCAGGAGCAGGGUGACACCUGUGCUUGUCACCAUGGGCUCCACGGGGCAUCACCCCCCUCCCUGGGGCUUCCCUGAGGUCACCAGCCCCACCACACCCCACACCUUCUCUCCAGCCCCACCACACCCCACACCUUCUCUCCAGCCCCACCACACCCCACACCUUCCCACCACAUCUUCCCAGCAGCUCCAUCAUGUCCCACCCUCCCACACCAUCCUCCCAUCCCACUCCCCAUGCAGCCCACCCACCUCCCGUCCUUCCCAUCCCUCCCAGCCCCGUGCCUGAGGCUUCAGUCCCUCCCCACGGGCUGCUCACCCCAGGCUGCCCUGGAAGCCUUUGGGGCCGUGUUUCUCUUGGAGAUUCCCCUCCCCAGCUCCAUCCCUGGUGUCCAGACCCCCAGCCUCCUUUGGACACAAACAAGAGGCACUACAGGGAUGGCUUGGAGUGCCCAGAGUGAACCUUUUGAAGGCCUUUCAUCAAUGCCUCCUUUUAUUCUCUUCACCUGGUCUGGCCUCUGUUCUAGGGAGCCAGCCCAAGGCAUCAGGCACACAGGGGCUGGAGGGGGCAGGAGGGCUCUGGGUGCCACCAAUCCCAAAUCUCCCACUGGACAGCAGCAGAGCCCAACAGGCCACACCUGCAGCCAGGGAGUGGCCAGGGACUGGGAACCCAUCGGCAUGGCAUGGCAUGGCAUGGCAUGGCAUGGCAUGGCAUGGCAUGGGAAGAGGAGUGGAGAUGGGAACUGGGAGUGAUACCAAAAUCAGCCCGAAUAAACUUUCAAACACAAUGGGAAGCUUUAGGAAGCAGGAAUUCUUUGCCUCCAAGGGACGCACAGAUGGAUCUCUCCAUAUUUCUGUUAGGGUUGAGACUUUACAUCAGGGGUUUUAUCCAUCAUAAGCACAGAGAGUUAUUAAAGUUUGUUUCUUAUCUAAUACAUAAA